GGCCAGAGGUAUGUUAUCAAUGAUUCGCGCUCCGUUGAUAAAAGUGUAUGAAAAGUUAUUAAUUUUAACUUAAACGAGGGCAAACUACUGUAUUCCGUUCUAUGUAACAUCCGACUUGUCCCGUGUGAGUUCUACGGUGGUUUGAGUUCGCUGUCCGAAUGUGUUAGGGAGCCAGGCGUAGCAGACGAACAACACACAGCUCAUGUCCUUCUGUUGACACACUACAGGCUGGAGAGAACUUCGAGGAGGACGGCGCUCAGGCGGACGUUUGAUUUUACGUUCACAGAGAGUUUGGCAGUUUGCGGAGGAAAGUUCCAGAAGUUGCUUGAACAUGGACUCCAUCUACAGUGACCACGCGUACUCGCACUGUUUCAACCAUCGAGCUUUACCUUCAGAUGUCCAGAAAGUGAUUGUUGGUGAAGAACAUCAGCAGGAGUGGAGCUCCAGUCUGGACCAGGAGGACACAAAGCCCCCCAACAUUAAAGAGGAACAGGAGGAACUCCGGAUCAGUCAGGACGGAGAGCAGCUUCAAGGACUGGAGGAGGCUGAUAUCACCAAGUUCCCAUUCACUCCUGUCCCUGUGAAGAGUGAAGAUGAAGACAAACCUCAGUUCUCACAGCUUUUUCAAAGACAAACUGAACAGAUGAAAACAGAAGCUGGUGGAGAGGACAGUGGAGGACCAGAACCAGCCAUGAACUCAGAUCCAGAUACACAUUUACAGCCAGAUACUGAUGACCAGACUGGAGACUCUUCUGAACCUGAGGCUGAUGGCAGUGCUGAUUGGAAGGAGACCAGAGAACCUCAGUCUAGUUUGGACUCUCUGAAUAAUGAUGAAGUCCCUGUCAGUGAUUCAAGAUGUACUACUAGUGAGAGAGAGUGUGGAGAAAAACUUGGCACCGGUGGACUUCUGAAAAGACACAUGAGAUCUUAUACAGGAAAGAGACCAUUUAGCUGCUCAGUCUGUAAGAAAGCAUUCAUAAAGAGUGGACAUUUACAGGAACACAUGAGAAUCCACACUGGAGAGAAACCAUUUAGAUGUACAGUCUGUAUGAAAGAUUUUAGGUGGAGUGGACAUUUACCGACACACAUGAGAAUCCACACAGGAGAGAAACCAUUUAACUGCACAGUCUGUAAGAAAGCUUUUACAGUGAGUGGAAGUUUACAGAAACACAUGAGAAUCCACACAGGAGAGAAACCAUUUAGCUGCUCUGUCUGUAACAAAGAUUUCAUACAGAAAGGACAUUUACAGAAACACAUGAGAAACCACACAGGAGAGAAACCAUUUAGCUGCGUAGUGUGUAAGAAAUCUUUCACAGAGAGUGGAAGUUUAACGAUACACAUGAGAAUCCACACAGGAGAGAAACCAUUUAGCUGCUCAGUGUGUAAGAAACCUUUUAGAGAGAAUGGAAGUUUACAGAAACACAUGAGAAUCCACACAGGAGAGAAACCAUUUAGCUGCUCAGUCUGUGGGAAAGCUUUUACGGUGAGUGGAAAUUUACAGAAACACAUGCGAAUCCACACAGGAGAGAAACCAUUUAGCUGCUCAGUCUGUAAGAAAGCUUUUAAUGAGAGUACACAUUUACACAGACACAUGAAAACCCACACAGGAGAGAAACCAUUUGGCUGCUCUAUCUGCAAGAAAACUUUCAUAGAGAUUGGAGGUUUAAGGAAACACAUGAGAAUCCAUGUAUUUUAAGACGUGUUGCAUGGAGAUCCAGUCUGGAAGGAGAGGAAAUUAAUGAAUUCUCUAAAAGUAUCAUGAGAUGUAACCCUCGAUGUAAAAAUCUAAAAUCCGAUAAUUAGUAUUUUAGGUUUUAAAAUUCCUUAAACAUUAUUUUGACAUCUCUUAAAUUAAGUCUUAACAAAGGUUUUUACUGUUUAGAACCAUGGAACUCUAAAGGUUAACUUGUUCAUCUUUGCAAAUUAACUGGACUUAUUAGGAAAUUGCAUACAAUGCUAGCCCUCUCAUAAAUGGCAGCUGUUCUGUAGUCACAAGGAACAGCCACCUAAUUCAGUCUCCCAGCAGACUCUCCAGUCUUCACUCCUAAGUUUGAAGGGCUGUGACAUCCCUGUUAAGGUUGGAUACCGAACUCUGUAAUUUUUUGGGUACUGACCAAAUUACGUCAGUACUACCGAGGACAGAUUCCCGUUAAAUUAAACUGUGCCAAAUUUCCUUUCCUGAGAGCGCGUAAUUGCAAGGUUAUAUGUCUUUUCUGACUGUUGAGAGCGGAGCUCAGUUGCAGUACAGACGGAGCAAACUCAAGCAAACUACAUGUCUGCAGGGAACAAUGCAAUGCGAAGUGCUUUACAUAAAACCAUAAAGAGCAAUUAAAAACGGUCAUGAAAAGAAAAUAGGCUAUAAUAGAAUAAUUAUAUAAUAGCAUAAUAAUUAUUCGAUUUAAUAGGUUGUAGGUACAGAUUUUAUGCCGGUCAAAUGCUGUGAAUAAAUACAGUAUUUCCUCUGUUGAUUUUACCGUGGCGGCCCACCAAUAAACAGGGUGAUUACUACUUGUCACUUAUCUUAGGCAAAGUGACAAACAGCGACGAAAGCAAUGAAAUCCUCACUCAUGCGGGUCCCGUGAAACAUGACAGCUACAGUUUAUUGGAAAAUAGCAUUGUGGACACUGAAUUUGAUGAAUUUACUGUUUCUCAGUCUGAUUAGAUUCAGAUGUCUAUUCGAUCGACUAUCGCCUGUAGUCAGUUCAUGUGUACGGGACAUUUCAUAGAUAUGCCCUAGUAGUUUAAUUAACUAGUAAAGCAAAGAGUAAAAUAGCAACAACCAAAAACCCAUACUGUGCUGUUAUUGUAUUGCUCAUAUUUCUUUGUUAAAUUGUGUACUUGUAGAGAGAGUUACAUUUUUUACAUUUUGCUUAUUUGAUGAAGUGUGAAGUUCUGCGAUAUCACAAACCCUAUAAAAAAACCAACUGC